AUGGAUCUCUUUGAUGAUAUGGAAUUCAAUGACCAACUAGAUCGAUUAGAACAACUUGAUGAGCUGAGAGCUGAAAUACACAUGGAUAUGGACAUAGAGUUGAAUGUAGGUCAACUAGGAGACCCGUUUGAUCUUCGAGUUGAUCGAGAAGAAAAUAUCGUCAACCCACAGCCUGAAGGAAUGGAACAAGCAGCUGGUGAUGUCCCCGGAAGAAAUCGUCAAGAAGCAGGUAAUCUGGGUGUUGGUGCCGGUGAUCCAGAAGUUCAGCCAGUAGAAAAUCAAAAUGGUGCAGCCAGUGACACAGGAGAGUCUACCAAUAAACCUUCUGAAGACAACCUUAAGGAGGACCGAAUUGAAGCUAUUCUGACUCCCAAAGGGACGGAGAUGAAAGGAUUCUCUUGUAUGAUUUGCUAUGAUCCAUUCAACACUGGAAAACGAAUUCCAAAAGUUUUUCCUUGUGGACACACGUUCUGUCUCAGUUGUGUCGGCGGACUUAUGAAAAAUAGGACAUAUUUGAGCAGAUCUACUGUCGUUUGUCCAACGUGCCGGCAGAAUACUCAGUAUCCCAUGACUCUUAAUCCCGAAAAAGUUCCCACAAAUUAUAGUGUGCUUUGUAAGUUGUAUAUUACUUAUUUAAUCUGUUAUAUUUUCAUUAUAGCAAUGUUGGAACAACGAAAAGAGGAAAGCAAUGCGAAAACUGAGAAAGAAAUGCUAGAAUGUAAUACAUGUCAUGAAGUUUUGGACGGUGAAAAAGUGACUUUAUGCAACGAAAGUGAAUGCCAAAAUAUAAGUGAUGAAGGUAAACUUCUGGGGACAGACAGUAUCGUAGGUUUCAAACGUAUGAAAUGCCUACUGGUCUGUUCUACAUGUAUUGAGAAAAAUCACUCUCGUCACAAUUUUACUCCAUUUGUGAAGGUAGUGGCACAAUACGAAGCGAAUCAAAAGAUCUGCUCAGCUGAAUCAAAUCUCGUUAAAGCAUUUAAAGCUGCCGAUGAUGCGCUAAUUGGCUUGAAACUCGCGGAGACUGAGCUGUUAGAUCAUAGACGAAGAAUGACAAACGCGAUUGAAAACAUUCGCUCCCAGGCUGAUCAUCCAAUGAUCUACGAAUAUCUCAAUCGUUUCACAACAUCUGUCAAAGCUUCUGAACAACUCUUCAAACGAUUAACCGGAGACAUGAAUGGAUUUGAUUUUAUAUCAAAGUCUCGGUACUAUCGUGCAUUUGGUAACGAUUCGCUUCGUCCAAUAUCAAUCACUCCAAUCAACGCGGGCUCGAAAGGAGCGUUGGAGCCGAAGCAAGAGCCAGUAGAUGAAGCAAAUAUUCGUCCCCGUGUUGACAGGGUACCGAGAGGGUUGAAUCGAGAUAUGGCUCGGCGCGCAAGAGUAAAUGUCUUUGGCCCGUUCCAUGCUCGCAGAGCGGGAGCUCUUGGUCCAGAUAUGGAUUUCCCAAAUAUUGGAAAUAUGUUCGAUCAGAUUAUGCAGCAGCUUGAUGUUGCAGUAGACCCGUUUGGAGGUGCUAAUCGUGGUUUAUUUGGGCAACCGGCUGAGAAUGCUGCAAACGCUGUGAAUGAUGCUAACGCUGCACCGGCAAACAUCGCCGGAGCUGAACCACAAAAUAAUGCAGCAGUUCAAGAUCCAGCGCAAAUCCGAGGCGCCAGGAAUCCUCUUGGUAAUCGAUUCGACAUGUGGGGAGUUCGUGCUCCAUGGCAACAUCGCCGUAACGUUCGCAACGAAAAUUGGAGAGAUUUCAGAGGGAUUCGCCUUAGACUGGAGGCGGCAAGAGAUGCCAACGCAGCUCUUCAAGUUCCUGAAAUCCAGCAAGUGAUAGAUGAUUUAAGAGACCGUGGCGAUAAUAUUCUUGACAAUGAUCUCAGAGGGCGACGACCCCCGUUGCUCCAUCCCCAUGCUGAUAUGGUUCGCGAGUUUGAGCUUGCUGAAGGUCAUUUGAACAGACUACGGGUACGAUUGGAUCGUCUAAAUAGAGAUAAUGUCCGCGAUGAGCAUCCUCUACCUCCAGCGGAUGUAGCUGAACCCGCUCCUGUCCGGUUUGUCGAUCAAAUAAUCGACGAACCUCUGCCACAGUUGCCACCUAUCGAUGGUUACAACCAGGAACAAAUCCAAAGAGCUGAGAUCGUUGAGCUUGUUCGACGCGUUAGUGCUAUGGUGAGAAAUGAAGCUCAUGCCGAGGCUGAUGCCAACGGACAACCACUACCCAACAACUAUCGUUUACCACUGCUACUGAAUCCGGACGAGAAUCCAGGAGCUCCGGAUCAUCGCAAUUUGCUGCCACAUCAAGUUGAACCAUUUCUCAUUGAUCUCAGAGCCCUCGAGCUAGAAUGGAUUCAACGAGGUAGGGAUCGCCGUGCUCGAGCUGCGCUCGUAGUCCAGGAAGCUGCACAAGUCAAUCAGCCUGCAAAUGAUGCCGAAGCGGAAAAUAAUGUCGUUAGAGGUAACAUCCAAACUUGCGGAAACCAACGUGUACCUUCUCCAAUUCCUGAUGAGCCAGCCGCUAAACGUCAUCGCCGAUGA